CGAAUGAGCCACCCCUUUGUUUGGCUCUGCCCCCUCUCCUUUACACGGUCAUUGUAUACUGAGCAUGUCCUUAUAAUAGAUUUUCAGAAUUCCACCGACACUAUCAAAUGUGGAUUCACAGAUAUUCGCCAAUCGUUCAGUUUCUCCUGGUACUUGCGCUUGUCCCACUAAACUGUUGGUCUUUGCCGCCGCACCUACCCAAACCUCAGUUACCUGGCAAGCUUGUGCCAUUCUCAAGGCUACAUGAAUGCCCUUCCCUUCCUUCCAGAGCUUAUCCGACAGUUGCCAAGGAUGUCCGACCAGAUGAUUUCAGAGUCGUAAUGGCUUUGGGAGACAGCAUAACAGCUGGUCUCCUUGCACGCGGAUCUCGAUCAUCUAGUGCAUCUUCUGCUCCUUCCCAGGUGGACCCACAGAGGCCUUUGCUCCCUUUCCUCGAUAUCCAAGAAUACCGCGGACUCUCUUAUCCAAUUGGUUCUGAUCCUGGGGCCAUUACAAUUCCUGAGAUCCUUCGGCACUUCUCGCCAUCGGCAAAAGAAAUACCUGGAAGCUCCAAAGGGAAGCAUCCUCCAGUAACAUGUUUAAAUGGGUGGGGUAUCAAAGGGUGUGCGGAGAGACCGGAAGAAGAUGGGUUGAAUGCCGCUGUUUCAGGAAGCGUCAGUUCCGGUUUAUUGCGACAGGUAGAAGAUUUCAUCCUACCUAGAUUAAAGGACAUGGAAAUCAGGAAAGAAGAUUGGAAGUUUGUCAAUCUCGGCAUAGGGGCGAAUGACAUCUGUUCUUUCUGUCUAUAUUCAAAUAUGACCGACAUCGACUUCAAUGGUUCCCCGAAACGGUUUGCGAAAGAUAUCAAACGUGCUGUUAACGCGCUACGGAAGAACGUCCCCAAUAUUAUAAUUAACAUUAUCGGACUCUUCCGUGUGUCAGCGAUAUAUAAACUUACCCUCAAAGACCCUUAUUGUCAGCCGCCUCUCUUCCCAUAUCCUAUUCCUCAUUUUCCCCUUGGAUGCUCCUGUGCACUCUUACCAGGACCCACUGGGGAUUGGACCAGACAAAAGAUGGAUGAAUUAGGAGAGGCCUACGAUGAGGCUGUCUUGGAAAUUGUCAGGGAGUGGGAGAAAGAAGAUGACGAGCACUUCGGAGCCAUCUGGCAACCUGGGACAGCCAUUGAUCUCCCGAACUAUCCCAUAACUGCUCUCUCCCCUAUUGACUGCUUCCAUCCGUCUGAAGCAUCUCAUCAGAGGAUGGCAGCUGGGAUAUGGAAUAGGCUCACUCUCAGUCUUGAAGAAAAGUACUUACCAAUCAGCUGGGAUGAUGAAAUCAUGGUACGAUGCCUUGAAGAAGAUGACCGAGUAUCUGUAGGAAUGGUUUCCGAAUCAUUUCGAGGCGCUUCCUAGACAAAUGAACGUUGUGACGUAUCAUGUCAGCUGACAUCUCUUGCAUACUUGCGCUGUCAAAGAGCGACGAGUACUUGUUGUACUAAAUGCUAUUAAAUCUUUCGUGAAUGCAAUCUUGUGACUCC